AUGAAACCUGUCUGUGUGCUGACGCUACUCCUGGUGGCCCUGGCCGCCGCGUCCUGGAUGGCCGACACCUGGGCGCUCAUGGACGUGCAACGAACACUGACGCCGGCCAACCGACGCCAAAAACACAUUCACGGCUGCCUAAAAAAGGUCAAGACCAUCGCCCACAAACACAAGGAUGACUCGUGCACCCAGUGCAAGAAGCUGGUGGAGUACGGCCACCGGGUGGCCAAGCAGCAGCCGCAUCUGGGUCACGAUGUCAUCAAGAAGCUGUGCAAGACUUACGCAGACUCCAAGCUGUGCGACAAGUACAAUCUGGGCGAGGAGGAGAACGACAACGUCUUCAACAUGACCUCAACCAUUGUUCGGGUUUUGACGCUCAUCGAUACCUCCAAGGGAUCACUCGAUGCGCAAUACAUCUGUGCAAACCACUUUGAUGGCGCCUGUGACGCCCCCAAGACCCCCAAGCACGACCUGGAGAAGCUCAAGUGGUUCAAGCCCCGAAGCGAGAAGGAGAUUGAAAAGUACCACCGAAAACUCGCUGAAAACACCGAGCAUCUGCCGCCCACUUUCAACGUGGUGCAUGUUUCCGAUUUCCACCUCGAUCUGAGAUACACCGUGGGUUCCGAGGCCACUUGCAGUCAGGACAUGUGCUGCAAUAUUGAAAACUUCCAUGAAGAAGCGCCUCUAAAUGAUACUGCUCUUUCUGGACACGUAGUGUUGUCUCCUGCCAGAGAACAGGGAGAGUAUCAGUGUGACGCUCCGCGACCUCUGGUUAAGUCGUCGCUGGAACAUAUCAACAAGACCAUCAACGAGGUUGGAGACUUUGUCUUCUCUCUCUUUACCGGAGACAUGGUAGCCCACAACGCUCCCGAACACAAGACGCUCAACUAUACCCUGGAGUCUGAGCUGGCGGUAUACAAGUACAUGAAGAAUAACAUUGGUAACCUGCCUGUUUUCUCGUCACUUGGUAAUCACGACUCUUACCCCUUUGGACAGCUGUCCCAGGCCUCUACUCGCCAUAAGACUGAAGACUGGAACGCCCAGCUCGCUUCUCAGCUCUGGGAAGAGUACGACUGGGUCAACACCACCCAGGAUGAGCUCAGCAACUACGCUGGCUACUCCGUGUCACCAUACAAGGGCCUCAAGGUGAUUUCGCUCAACUCCAACUACUGGUACAAGACCAAUCUGUACAACUACUGGGACAUUCGAAACCCUGACACUUCUGGAAUGCUGCGAUUCUUGUCCGACGAGCUCAAAUCUGCCGAGAAGCACGGCCAGAGAGCCUGGAUCAUCGCCCACAUUCCGUCUGGAGGUAACUCCAAGAAUGCUGUUCCUUGGGCUGGUGAAGUUUUUGCCACCAUCACCGAGAGAUUCGACUAUGUCGUUGCUGGUGUCUUCUUUGGACACACGCAUCAGGACAAGUUCAGCGUGCAGUACCGAAAGAAGCACCCCAGACGUCAUAAGCAUUCUUACAAGGAGAAGCACGCCAUCAAUGUGGCCUGGUUGGGUCCGUCUGUGACUCCUAUUGACGAUCUGAACCCUUCUUGGAGAUAUUAUACCAUCAACUCGUCCAACUUUGAAGUUCAGGAUGCCCACACUUACUACACAGAUCUCAAGAGUCUGGAUUACAAGUGGGAGCACCUGUACUCGUCACGAGAGACGUACAACACCUUUGGAUGGCCCGAAGAGGCUCCCUUGAACGCCACCUUCUGGCACAGAGUUGCUCAUCAGAUCAAGGACGAUCCUGAGGUGCGACAGCUGUACACUGACCUGGAGGCUCGAAACUCGCCGUUUGAGCGAAAGUGCGACUCCCACAAGUGUAUCACCAAGCAGUACUGCUAUAUCACCAGUUGGACUACUGAUCGAUACGACAAGUGCCGCAAGAUUCUGAAGUAG